AAACUAACAACCCAAACAAUCAAUGAUUCCCAUCAAAACCCAAGACUGCCCAAUCGUCAAUUGAGUCCAUCAGACAGACAGGGAGUCUCUGGCUCCCCAACAUGGGUGUGAAAACUCGCGAGGGGGAUCUGUCCCACCUGAAUGAUGUGGACUAUCUUGUGUCGCGUUCCAAAGAGUUGCGAGUCAAGGAUCCGGAUCGCUCCAAGAGCUGGAUGCUCACGGCUCAAAUGAUGUUUCCCAAGAACUUUGCCAUUCAAUACGAAGCCUAUCAAGUGGAGAAGACGGCGGGAAACGCCAUGGAGGCGGGUAAAUUUCUCAAGCAUCUCUUUGAGCACUUCCAUGGAUCCGAUGGACCGUCCGAGGCCGUCUUGUUGGAGGAGAUUCACCAAUUGGUGACUGGUCUGCAAAACCAGGAAGCCACCCGAGAUGAGCCGGAUAUUUUAGGACGGAUUUUCGAGCAGCUUCCCACGGACACCAGGAAGAAGAUCCUCUUGGAGUCGGCCUCCAAGGCCAAUGACACUCUUACGUACGCCAAGCAAUUCAUGUUGGCAUUCACCCGAUUCCCCGAGCUCAUACCCAGCUAUGGGUCCAAUUUCUUAUCCGUGGUUGUGUCCAAAUGUCCGACCAAGUCCGUGAGCGUCGAUCCGUUAUUGGAGUUGCUCGUGAAGGAGGCUUGUCCCCAGCUACUGGGCGUCACUCAAUUGAAGAUCGAGGUGUCCAUGUUGGACGACAUUCUGUAUCACACCAUUGAUUACCUUUCGCAUCAGGUAUUGGCCGCCAGGAACCAGCUCAAAGAUGGCGCUUCCACCAACUCUCCAUCUGAUAUUUGGGUCAUUGUGUUUGGCUUUCUCGAGGAAAUUGGUCAACGCAUGGGAUGGUCGCUCACCGAGGAUCUCAACGAGGUCUUGCCGGAGGUGCUGUGGCAACGAGUGCAUUCCUUUAGCCAACAAAACGUGGCCAAACAGGAUUCAGAGGCCCAGAAUCAGUUGUUUUUUCUCGCCACCAUUCUGUUUCUUCGGUCUUUGUCGGAAUUUGCCACGGAUUCUUGGGAACAGACCUUGGAACCCGCUAUUCUGGUAGAGGCCUUCAUAGCCCAUCAAUCGGAAGAGACGAAGCCCAAAAACCAUCCCAAACGGCGUCGAACCACCGAAGAUGAGCGUCGCUUUCCCUUGGUGACCCAUGGAGAUCGUCAUUUAUCUAAUGGAGAACAUCCCAGUGUCAUGGUGGCCUCGUUUCUCCGGGCCUAUCGUUACUAUGAUCUCAUCCAUUCCGAACCGGGCUUGAACGCCAUGUUUCAACAAUUGCGUGGUAUCACGCAAACCCUGGCCUCAUUUUGUGUGGAUGUGGCUCAAUAUCAGGGUCGAUUCAGGGACGCCUUGAGCAUCCUCAGAUCGCAACCCACGCCUCAUAUCCCGGCCAAAAUUUGCCGGAAUCAUGUCAAGCUGGCAACGAUCCAGUUCAGCUUGGGAGAAUAUCACGCCACAGCCGAUCAUUUGAUCGAGGCCGUGGCCAAUUUGCCGCCCGUGAUCAGUGAAAAUGAGAAACCCAAUUUGCCCGCGAUUCUAAUUGGGUCGGCGUUGAAACAGCCGUCUGCGGUCAAGACCAGACACGUGCAUUUCCUACCAUUCACUCGCCAUCACAUCUUGGCAUAUUGCGCUCGAAUCCUGAUCUACAUCCUGAAAGAUCGAGCUCUCCAACCCACUUCCCCGAACAAUGAUAUCACCUUGGGCCAUGUUUUGGUCUUGCUCCAAUACAUCUUUCCGGAAGAGAAAGAUCUCAUGCUGAUGAUGGUACACAAGAUUAAACAGAAAGACGCCUUCAGCUAUCCUCUAUUCUCUUCGUACAUCGUCCAAAUCGAGCUCCUGGAGGAAUUUGCUCACCUUCUAGGGGAUCCCACUUGUAAAGUGGCCCUAGAUCUGAGUCCCUCCGGUGGACUUCAAUCUGGUAAUCAAAGUCAACGGAGAGUUGGGACGCGUGGUGCCAAUCGAGGUGAGAAGGAGGAGGUGCGCACGGCCAUUGUCAAACAGGUGGCCAAAAGUCAAGAACCCUUGGACGAACUGUUGAUCAGCUUCCUCGAGGAAAACCAUGACUCGAUAUUAGAAUGUCUUCAGUGAUAAAGGCUAAUUAUUUUUGGAAUGGU